AAGUAAAAGCAAGAAUAAACAAAUGAAACAACAAGGUAAAGAAAAGAAACAUAUACAAAGUUUCUGAACCCCACCCUCUAUAAAAUUCUUUUAAGGUCAUAGUGUUAAGUUUCUUCAACCUCAUCCGAGAAAGAAAGCAAAAACAGAACUGUCAAUGCUUUUGCAAAGGCUUGUUUGGGUGCACAUACAAGGACAUGUGACAAAGUGAAGAGAGAAAGUUUAAGAAGAAAGGAAAGGGAAGGAAUUUUUGAAGUGUUUUGCAGAGUCAUUUUUUAGUGCAACAAAUGAUGGCUGGAAACCCUAACUGGUGGAGCAUGCCUCCACCAUCUCUCUUGCCUCCUCAAUAUGCACUUGGAUCUUCUUCACUUCCUUUCAAUCCUCUGGCAGCAGAAAACCAGGAGCUUCCACAGUCAUGGAGCCAACUACUAUUAGGUGGAUUGUCUGCAAGCGAUGAAGAAAGCUUUCGUCUGAGUCAUUUUCAACCUAAAAAGUUAGAAAAUUGGGAGGACCAAAUCUUGAAUCAAUCUCAAAGAGUACUUCCCGUUAAUGUUGAUGUAGUAAAACAAGAGAUUUCCCAAAACAGUAACUUGUACGGUCUUGAAGAUCAUGAAGAAUUUCAAGCGCUUCCUAGACCAGCUGCUUGGUCUCAGCAAAUCAUGCCAGUUUCUUCUCCUAGGUCUUGUGUCACCAGCUUAAGUAAUAAUAACAUCUUGGACUUCUCUUAUAAGAAGAUGGAUGGGAGCAAUCAAAAUUUAGAUCAUUCAUCUGAGAGUACUAGCUCAGCCACUGGUGGGGCAUAUAAGAAAGCUAGGGUUCAGCCCUCUUCAACUUCUGGCCAACCACCUUUAAAGCAGGUGAGAAAGGAGAAGCUUGGUGAUAGAAUAACAUCCCUUCACCAGCUAGUUUCCCCAUUUGGAAAGACUGACACUGCUUCUGUCUUGUUAGAAGCCAUUGGGUAUAUCAGAUUCCUUCAAGGUCAAAUUGAGGCCCUUAGCUCUCCUUACUUUGGUAAUGCAUCCAAAAACAUGAGGAGCCAGCAGUCUGUUCAAGGAGAAAGAAAUGGUGUAUUUCCUGAAGACCCCGGACAGUUGUUGAAUGACGCCUGCCUAAAAAGAAAGGAAGCUCCUAACCAGGAUACACAGGAUAAGCCAAGGGACUUAAAGAGUAGAGGGUUGUGCUUGGUUCCAGUGUCUUGCACUCAACUUGUAGGAAAUGACAAUGGAGCUGAUUUUUGGGCUCCGGCCUACGGCGGCGGGUUUUGACAAGCAGCUAGAAUUAAUUUGGCUGGAGUUUACAUGGAAUGAUAAUAACAUCAUAAGCAGUCAAUCUGCUGAAAUCUAAGGCUGAUUGCUCAUGAUGCUAUGCAUUCUCAAUUCCAAGUAUUAACUGUUUCAGUGCUAUCUAAUUUUAGAUAAUCAAGCUUGUAUCUUAUUAAUUUUUCCUUUGAGCUAUAUAUGAUACAAGGCUUCAUGUAUGGGAAGUUCUCAAUUAGAAUAUUGUAGGAAGAAUGGGCCAUAUAUAUGAUACAAAGCUUGUAUCUCUCUCUCUCAGUUUUAUUUUUUGCUAAUUAGAUUCUUUCUUUCAA